UAAAAUCAUGAGUUCCUCCGACGACGAAGCGAAGCUCCCUCAGGACGUCGCCGUCGAGAUCCUGAAGCGGUUGCCGGCGAGAUCCCUCCUCCGAUUCAGGUGCGUGUGCCGGUCAUGGCGUUCGACCAUCGACGACCCUCGUUUCGCGGCCCUCCACUUGAGCCACUCCGCUCUCCACGCCUCCAAUUGGCAUCUCCUGUGGCUGCACUGGGGCGGUCUCCGGAACCUGUGCUCUCUGUUUUCCAACGAGUCUCUUGACAUGCCUUCUCAGUCGGAAAUCGGAAUGCCCUUCGCCAAUCCUCGCAACAUUCACGGUCCUGUUGGUUCGUGUAAUGGCUUGAUCUGCGUCAAAGAAAUUUCCGCAAGGCGGUAUGGCCAGACGAUGUAUUUGUGGAAUCUAUUCGCCAGAAAGCACAAGGUGGUUCCUCGAUCUGGUCUGGACAGUCGGUUCUUUCUCGUGGGGUUUCCCUGUGGAGUUCUGGGGAUUCCCCGUGAAGUUCUGGGCUUCGGCUUUGACGCCAGGUCGAAUGACUAUAAGAUUGUUAAAAUUCUCUAUCUUUUAGAUAAUAAUCAUCGUUGCAUUGGUGGGAUGAAGCCUUGGGUCGAGACUUAUUCCUCGGUAUAGAUUCCUGGAGAAGACUGGAGUGCGAGGUCCCUGCUAUCUGUGACGAUGAACAGGCCGUCUUCUUGAAUGGGAACAUGCACUGGUCUGCUUUGGAGUUUGAUGUUCCGUGGGCUGAGAGUAAAUACGUAUCGAUAGUCUCGUUCGAUGUGGCAGGUGAGGUGUUUGAUGAAAUGCCUCUUCCAGAAGAGAUUGUUCGCAUGGACAAUGGCAGGUUAUCAGUGUACCUGGCAGUGUUGAAUGACUUGCUGGCUGUGUUUGCCAAUCUCAAUAAGGCACUUGGGCAUCCUGGACCAGAUUCUGUCUGCUCUAUUUGGGUUAUGAGGGAGUAUGGUGUCCACGAGUCUUGGACUAAGAUGUAUUCUUUCGAGGCUCGUGGGCUCGUGACAAAUUUUAAUGGUUUCACGAGAAAUGGUGAGCUUCUCAUGGAAAUAGGUGGUCUAGAACAAGUUUCUUGGAAUCCAAUCACGGGCCAAUACGCAAAUCUUCCACUGCCACCGCAAAGCGAUUUGGUCACUGUCAUAGAGAGCAUUGUUUCACCUUAAAGAUGACUUGGUUGCGGCUGCAUUUACCGGUACAUGACAGAUUGAUUUUGCUUGCAAAAGAGUUGAAAGAGACAUCUAAAAUGUCCGCUCCGGCCACAAAAUGAUGGGCAAAAGAAUUGAGGCGGCGCUCAUCUGCUUUUGGUGCUUCUUGCAAGCUUUAGAAUUCAUACAUGCAUCUUCGCAUUUUGAGUUUUUCUUUAGACUAGGCAAAGUCUUCACAUUUUGAUUUAGUUCUUUAGAUUAGGGAAAGUUUGUUUCUCUUUACGAUUUGCACCCGGAAGAACUCUGCAUUUUAGUAGCCCUUAUCAAAACUGCUCAAAAAA